AUGUGCUGCUGGCGCGGGGGGAUGAUGCUGGCGGGGCCGCAGCUGGUGGCGGGGCCGGCGGCGCCGGGCGGGGAGCGGGCCCGGCUGCUCUCCCUCUACGUGCAGGACUAUCUGGAGUGCGUCGAGUCGCUGCCGCUGGACAUCCAGCGCAACGCCUCGCUGCUGCGGGAGAUGGACACGCAGUGCCAAGAAGCAUUAAAAGAAAUAGAUGAUGUCUAUGAGAAAUACAAGUCAGAAAACGAUCCUGUUCAGAAGAAACGCUUGCAGCAGCAUCUUCAGCGUGCGUUAAUCAACAGCCAAGAACUUGGAGAUGAAAAAAUUCAAAUAGUCACUCAGAUGCUAGAACUGGUAGAGAAUAGAGCCCGGCAAAUGGAAACACACUCUCAGUGUUUUCAAGAUCUGUCUGAGAAUGAAAAGCCUCUAGAAAAGGCAAAGAUGGAGUCCUGCCAGCCAGAGAGAUCUUCACGGAGACCCCGUCGCCAGCGAACCAGUGAAAGCCGUGAUCUGUGCCAUAUAGCAAAUGGUAUUGAUGACUGCGAUGAUCAGCCACCUAAAGAGAAAAGAUCUAAAUCUUCCAAGAAGAAAAAACGCUCCAAAGCCAAACAAGAGAGAGAGGUUUCACCUGUAGAAUUUGCAAUUGAUCCCAAUGAACCAACUUACUGCUUAUGCAACCAAGUGUCUUAUGGCGAAAUGAUAGGAUGUGAUAAUGAACAGUGUCCUAUUGAGUGGUUCCACUUUUCGUGUGUUGGACUCACCUAUAAACCAAAAGGAAAAUGGUACUGCCCCAAGUGCAGAGGAGACAAUGAGAAAACGAUGGACAAAUGUACUGACAAAUCAAAAAAGGAUAGAAGAUCGAGGUAGUGAAAGCAAUUCAUGUUUUAAAGAGUUGCUUCUUUUAUAUUAAAAUGUUUAAUUUCCAGAGAACGCUGUUUUAGGAAAUGCAUAAGACUAUGCAAUAAUUUUUAAUCUAUAAUAUUAAUGGAGUAUUAAAAGCUGUUAUAGCUUCUGUGAUCUUUACCUUUCUGCACUGAAUAACCAAAUAAUUGAAACAGGGUGGCUUCAGACCUUCACAGAAGACAUUACAAGCAUAUAGCGCUUGGUUUCAAUUUAACCCCAUUAGUAUUUUAAUGAACCUUGUGAAUCUUGGAAUAAUGGUUGUGGGAAAGAUACUGAAGAACUUUUAAUGUUUGAAAGGCCUCAUGUAACUGCUAGAAUCUUAACAACUGGAUUUGUUCUUUAUCCCAGGUCUUAAGUUCCUGAUUUUUGUGUUAACAUCACACAUUUGGAAGGGUAGGGGUUUUGAAUUCAGCUGUAACAGUCUUCCAAGCUAAAAGCAGACCUCUUCAGUGAAUUUCAGUGUGUUAUUUCAAGGAAGAAAAUACCACUAACUUAAGCUUUUUUUUUUUUUUUGUCAAUAUUAAACUCUUGUCUUUGUGACUUUA